GUGCAUUUAUUCUUAGAAUUGCUUAGAAUAGGCAGUGUAGUUUAAUACUGUGUAAAAUUGUUAUCAUUUAAUCAGUUUAUACUAUGUAAUACUACUUAAUGUGUUUUUUUAAAACAAAUUUGUUUUGAAGACUGAAAUAAUAUAGAUGUUACGAACAUCGCAGUAAUCACGGAAGUAUAAGAAGUCACAAGACAGGAGUUACCUUCAGGGGCGUGUGCCGGUUAUCGCGUGCUGUGUUGUGAACUGAAUCGUGGUCGUAAAAUAAAGAUAACAAGUACAACACAUUCUGUAAUUCUUUCGUCGGCGUUUAUGUGUGGCAGUAGUGUCAUGUAGUUCUAGGAAAUUUGCUCAUUCCUUGACGUUAUCAUUAAGGGAGUGAAAGGUUUUUCCGCCGGUAGGCGUGUGUAGAUAAAAUGUCGCAUCUCGGCAAGUUCAAGCACUACGUUGUUGCUGGGGCGAGCGCUGUUGGAGGUGCCUUGGUGUCUUAUUAUAUUUUUCACAGCGAAAAUAAAAAGCACGCGUAUGCCUCUUGGACCACCAAUUUUACCCCAAGUGAAAAAUGGGACACAAACUGGGACAGGAUGGAACCUCAGAGCUUGGUCAAGCCGUCAUCCGGGACCGUCGACGACAACAGGUUCAACGAGGAAGUGCAAAAGGUGAAACCGAAAGCAACACGGCAUAUUCUGCUUAUACGACAUGGUCAGUACAACCUGGACGGUACGCGCGACAGCGAGCGGACGCUGACCGAAUUGGGCAAACAACAGGCAGUGCGAACUGGUGAACGUCUUAAGGAAUUGGCUUUACCAUACACAAAAUUAGUGCGCUCUACUAUGACUCGCGCCACUCAAACAGCACAGUACAUUGAGCAGGCUUUGGAAAAGGAGCUGCCUAUAAAUGAUUGCUGCAUGCUACAGGAAGGUGCCCCCAUUCCUCCAGAGCCCCCUGUCGGCCACUGGAAACCAGAGUUCCAUCAGUUCUACCAAGAUGGUGCCCGCAUUGAAGCUGCGUUUCGAAAAUACUUCCAUCGAGCUCCUGCAUCACAAAAAGAAGAUAGCUAUGAAAUAUUAGUGUGCCAUGCCAACGUGAUUCGUUACUUUGUCUGCAGGGCUCUUCAGUUCCCUCCAGAGGCAUGGUUGCGCAUUGGUUUGAAGCAUGCCAGCAUCACUUGGGUAAGCGUUCUACCAUCUGGACGUGUAACUCUCCAUGCUCUUGGAGACACUGGUCAUUUACCACCAAAGCUCAUUUCUUCCAUGUGACGGCGCUGGCGGCGAGAGCUGUCCACACAUGCUAUCUCACCCCGUGAAGAGACUCACGCCGCCGGAAUACAGCAGCUUCCUUGACCCUUUAUUUUUAAAUUUCAAAUUCUUAAGUAUGUGGAUUAAAAGUCCAGUUGUAAUCUUGAUCAGGACUUGUAAUCUUUAUUUCAGCCUUUGUCUACACACUAAAAAUUUAGUUCUGAAACAAAUAGUAGUGUGUAUCAAAUGACUGUAAAUGAAUAAAUGGAUGAAAAUAGUUCGAUUUGUCCUGAGAACUUCAUCUGUACCUACUGUGUUCAGUUUUUGAAACACUAUGAAACUCUGUUACUGGUGUUGAAGUAAAUAAAUGUUUCUAUUAAUACAUCUA